GGCGCGCAGGGCCCGACGGGAGCCACGUCUCUACGGUUUGAGGACCUGGCUGGGAUUGGUGUCUGGGUCGGUGGUGCAGGGGCUGCUGGGAAGAUGACGGACUCCGUGGACAGCCGAUGAGGAGACCGCGGGAGGAUCCCGGCUCCCGGGCCCCGAGAGCGACUGAGGGAGCGACCUGCGCGGGCCCUGGGGAGUCAUGGUCUCCAUCUCCCAACUCCAUGCUUCGAGUCCUGCUUUCUGCCCAGGCCUCCUCUGCUCGGCUGUCUGGCCUGCUGCUCCUCCAACCAGUACAGCCCUGCUGCCUAGGGUCCAGGAAGUGGCAGGACUGGUCCUCUGGAGAAGGUCCCCAUGCAGGUCCUGUGCAGGGACUGCAGAAACUUCUGGAACAGGCAAAAAGUCCUGGGGAGCUGCUGCGCUGGCUGGGCCAGAACCCCACUAAGGUGCGCGCCCACCACUAUCCUGUGGCGCUUCACCGUCUUGGCCAGCUCUUGGGGUCUCAGCCUCAGCCCCCUCCUGUGGAGCAAGUCACACUGCAGGACUUGAGUCAGCUCAUCAUCCGAAACUGCAGCUCCUUCGACAUUCACACUAUCCAUGCGUGUCUGCAUCUUGCAGGCUUACUUGGCUUUCCAUCUGAUGGGCCACUGGUGUGUGCCCUGGAGAAGGAGCGAAGGUUCCGCCUCCCCCUGAAGCCCCUUCCCCCUCUGCAGCCUGUUCUUCACAGUGGGCAGAGGUUGGAAGCUGUUCUGAGCUGCCCCCGUUUCGUGCGAGAGCCACGACAGCAUCUGAUACGCAGCCUGGCAGAGGCAAGGCCAGAGGAACUAACUCCUCACGUAAUGGUGCUCCUGGCCCAGCACCUGGCCCGCCACCGGUUGCGGGAGCCUCAGCUUCUGGAAGCCAUUGCCCACUUCCUAGUUGUCCAGGAAGCCCAGCUUAACAGCAAGGUUGUACAGAAGCUGGUUCUGCCCUUUGGGCGUCUGAACUACUUGCCUCUGGAUCAGCAAUUUAUGCCCUGUCUGGAGAGGAUCUUGGCUCGUGAAGCAGGUGUAGCACCCCUGGCUACUGUCAAUAUCUUGAUGUCACUGUGCCAGCUGCAAUGCCUGCCCUUCCGAGCCCUGCACUUUGUCUUCUCACCAAGUUUCAUCAACCACAUCAGUGGUACACCUCACGCUCUGAUUGUGCGUCGCUACCUCUCUCUAAUCGACACAGCUGUGGAGCUGGAGCUCCCAGGAUACCGGGGUCCCCGCCUUCCCCAGAAGCAGCAAGUGCCCAUCUUCCCCCAGCCACUCACCACUGAUCGUGCCCGCUGCAAGUACAGUCACAAGGAUAUAGUAGCUGAGGGGCUGCGACAACUUUUGGGAGAGGAAAAGUACUGGCAGGACCUGACUGUGCCUCCAGGCUACUGCACAGACUUCCUGCUGUGUGUAAGCAGUAAUGGUGCUGUGCUUCCUGUGAGGACCCAGGACCCUUUCCUACCAUACCCACCAAGAUCCUGUCCUCAAGGCUGGGCUGCCUUGAACACCAUCACCCGAGACCCUAUUCAGAGGGUGGUGCUCAUGCUGCAGGAACGCUGGCAUUUCUGCCGGGACGGGAGGGUCCUGCUCGGCUCUCGGGCCCUGAGAGAGCGGCACCUUGGCCUGAUGGGUUACCAGCUCCUGCCGCUGCCUUUUAAGGAAUUGGAGUCACAGAGAGGCCUGCCCCAGUUGAAGAGCUACCUGAGGCAGAAGCUCCAGACUUUGGGCCUCCGCUGGGGACCUGAAGGGGGGUGAGGAAAGCACAGUGGGUCAGGGUGGUCUCCCCACUGGGAGACAGAUGAUUUGCACUUUGGUUCCCCUCUGUUUUGGUUCUCAUUAAAGUCUCUCCU